AUGUUUGACCAUAAAAAGUUCUGGCGCGGCGAAGACGGCAACGACGACCACAAACGCAAAAAGCAAGCUCGUCCUCCCGCCAGACAAUAUAACGAGCGAGGAUACCAGCCUCCCGUGAGCCACGCUCUCGGCGUCAAUGUUUCUACUGAACAUCAUUAUUCCAUACAUGUAUAUCUUAUUUUCCAUCAAUUCGAUAACAUGGCGCCUGGAAACUUCAUCGCGACGUUAUCGUUUCGCACGAUGUUUAAUGAUUAUCAGGGUAUGAAGACGAUUGAUUUCUCGCCUGCGACCGAGCAUGCGGAUCCGCUUUACGAUGUAAAUGGGGGAAACUUGAGAGGAGUGAUGGUGGCGCAGAGGAUGUUUAUGUGUAAGAUUGGGUGGGUGAAAAGGGAACUGGGGAAAGAAGAAUUGUAUUCGCGGUUCAAGAACUAUUUGCCGUAUGCGAAAAAGCCGGAGAAAAUGACAGAGAAAGAGUGGGAGGAGGAGAGGAGAGUGCAUGGGCCAGAACCCAGGACUAAGUGGGUUUUAGAGGCUAUUAGGAAGCUGAAGGAAGAGAGAUAUUGGGAAGAAUUACCCAAGGAGGAGUUUAAGAAAAGGCAUAAGGAAGUGAAAACAGAAGCGCGGAUGAUUAGGGGGGCAAUUGGUUCAAGACGGACGUCAUCUGACAUGGAACGGGCGAAUCGCUUGGAUAAGAUUAUGACUGAUGUCAGAGUAGUUUUGUAUUCUGAAUAG